GUUAGCUCGCUAACGUUAGCUAGGCUACUGGGUAUGAUUAAUGUUACACUUAGGAGUUAAAGGUGUUAAGGGUUAAUGUUAGGUGAAGGGUUUUAUAAAAAUAGUUCAGGUUAGGGUUAGCUAAGUAGUUGCAAAGUAGCUAAAAAGUAGUAAGUAGUUGAAAAGUCGCUAAAAUGCUAAAGUUGUCCUUGGUAAGAUUUUAACUCUCAACCUUUGGGUUGCUAGAUAUUUGUGUUUUACAACCACCCAUCCACCUGUCUAACACAUCAUAAGAAAUGGGUUUAUGUACAGAAUAAUACGAAAUCCUCUGAGACAAAGUUGCGUGGGAGGGAGAUGACAAAACCUGCAAGGCAGGCCUGUUACGUGACGAUUAACGUAAAAUAAGUCUCUGGUCGGGAAUUCACGAAGGCUUCAAGAGGAAACAACUGAAAAACAUUCUCAUGACUUGUGUACGGUGGAUAUUUAUGUGAUAGAGAGCACCGAGUCGAAAGACACAGGUAGGCUUUCACAAACCUUGACGUCUCACAAACAAUUAUGUUUUGAUAGUCAAUGACUACAGUAUACAUAAAAAAAAAAAAAUCCUGGUCCGCUACAGAAAUAAAGAAUGAGUCAAUGGAAACAAAUUCAACAGCUCGAGUUCAAAUACCUGGAGCAGGUGGAUUACCUUUAUGAUGACAACUUCCCUAUGGGGAUUCGGCAGGUGCUUUCUGACUGGAUUGAAAGCCAGGACUGGGAAAUGGCCGCACACCAUGAGUCCAUGGCGACAGUUCUCCUCAGCAAUCUCCUGUCUCAGUUGGACAGGCAGUGUUCUCAGGAACAGAACUUCCUACAAAGACACAACCUGAAGAACAUCAACAAGCAGUUACAGAUAAAAUACAAAGCCUACCCUCUGCUCAUGGCCGGGGUCAUCUCCACUAGCCUCAGAGAGGAGCGUCGUAUCAUCGCCUCAGCCAACGUACCGGAACAGGGCCCGUUGGAGAAGUCUGUACAGAAUUCUGUAGCCUUCGAGAGACAGAAGAACAUGGACAACAGGGUGGUCAUGAUCAGGAGUAGUGUGCAGAUGCUGGACCCGGCAGUGAAAUGUCUAGAGGACAUGCAAGAUGACUUUGACUUACGCUUCAAAACUAUCCAGUCUCGAGAUCAGGCGGACAGGAACACAGAGCGGAUGGAACCGGAAGUGGCCCGUCUGCAGGAGAUUCUCAACAACCUGGACUUUAGAAGGAAGGAGAUCCUGUCUAAAAUGAGUGACGUGAUAAAAGAGAUUGACGCUCUGAUAGCCUCCCAGCUGAACCCAGAGCUGAUGGAGUGGAAACGCAGGCAGCAGAUCAACUGUAUAGGUGGCCCACUGCUCACUGGACUGGACCAGCUCCAGAACUGGUUUACUCUGACGGCCCAGAGUCUGUUCCAGAUGAAACGUCAGCUGGACAAACUGGGAGAACUUAUCCUGAAGGUGACCUAUGCGAGCGACCCCAUCUCCUUGCAGAGACCGCAGCUGGAGGAGCAGGUCAAAUACCUCAUCGACCACCUGAUCAAAAGCUCAUUUGUGGUGGAGAAGCAGCCAUGGAUGCCAACCCACCCCCAGAAACCUCUCAUCAUCAAGACCGGGGUGCAGUUCACCACCAAAGUCAGAUUGUUGGUCAAACUCCCAGAGGUGGAUUAUCAACUGAAAGUGAAGACGAUAUUUGACAAGUACCUCCCCCCUGGCAGAGUACAUCGUCAGUUCUUCAUCCUGACUUCCACCACCAAAGUAAUGGACGUGGAGGAAUCAUCUAAUGGCUGUCUAUCUGUAGAGUUCAGACACUUGCAGCUGAAAGAGAAGAAAUAUGUUAACGGUACAAAGGUGAACGAGGGUCCUCUCUCUGUGACGGAGGAGCUCCACUCCCUCAGCUUCGAGGCCCAGUUCAACAUACAGGGCAUUAACAUCGACCUGGAGACCUGCUCUUUUCCUCUGGUGGUCAUCUCCAAUGUUAGCCAGCUGACUGGAGGCUGGGCCUCCAUCAUGUGGUACAACAUGCUGACUGACGAACCCAGGAACCCGGACUUCUUUGCCAGUCCUCCGCGGGCCAGUUGGGGCCAGCUCUCUGAAGUGCUGAGUUGGCAGUUCUCGACUUUCACUGGGCGGGGCCUCAACACGGAGCAGCUGUGCAUGCUGGGAGAGAAACUCAUGGGUCAGCAAGCCUCUCACAAUGAAUGUCAGGUAUCCUGGUCCAAAUUCUGCAAGGAGAAUAUUCCUGGGAAGUCUUUCAGUUUUUGGAUGUGGCUGGAUUUCAUCCUGGAGCUAAUCAAGAAGCACCUGCUUCCCAUCUGGAACGACAACUGCAUCAUGGGCUUUGUCAGUAAGGAGACAGAGAGGGCCUGUUUGAAGGACAAGGAGCCUGGGACAUUCCUGCUGCGCUUCAGUGAGAGCCACCUGGGUGGGAUCACUUUCACCUGGGUGAAGCAGUCCGACAGUGGAGAGGCUAAAUUAAUCUCGGUGGAGCCGUACACCAAAUCACGCCUCAGCGCUCUCCCGUUCGCCAACAUCAUCCGGGACUACAAGGUCAUCGCAGACGGAGAGGUCCCUGAGAACCCGCUCAAGUUCCUCUACCCUGGCGUCCCCAAAGAUGAGUCCUUCAGACGACAUUACAACAGUCAGCAGAGCAAAGUCUUUCCAUAUAUAUCAGCUACAUGGAUCCCCAUCUCCACUUUGCAAUGAGUUCUCCGUACUCCGAGUAACACAAGAUGACCUGCAGAGUAUGCCAAGUAACUCACGCCUCUACGACUUGUGUUCCACUGAGGGUCACUGGAUGUGGCAUUUUCUCUUACAUCUGAUCACAAUAUAUUGCUCUUCUAUCCAACUGCUAGUAUUGUCUUUGAGCCCAUUGUCAUGAAUACAAAUGUAUCAUGUUGUAAGUGUAAAGUAGAUAUUACAUGCAUAUCACUUCUCAUAAAAUAGAUGUAUUUAAUUAUGUGUAUUCUGAAAUGUCUUGUAUUAUGUGGCUCUAAUGUUAGCCAAUUGUUGGACUAUAUGUCUUAGAAGUUUAUCACAAACUAAGGUUUGGACAAAGAAUACAUGUUUAUUAUCCCAUUCUUUUUCAUUAAUUUAGCUUCCAAUUUGAUAUUUUUGCACUAAGAGCCCAAGGCCUCUUGAGUAGAAAAAGGGUUUAACUACAUAUGAUUUCCCCUAUUGUCUUUACUACUGAGUAGAAUAUACCUAUAGAUAGCCAUGAUCAACAGUCAGAGGAUGGAUAAAAUAUUGUACUGGACAAAGCAGCUUUUCUCUCCUUGAAUAUGUGGAAUGCUUUUGCUGUCUAAAAUUUAACACGUAAACAAAUUCCCAAGUAAGAUUUUUGUUUUUUGUCAUGCUCUUCAGAAGCGCAACGUUUCCUAAUAUGUUAAAAUAUUUUGUGAAUGAUUCAAAUGCAGAUGUGCCGAUUCAUAUGUCAAUACCCGAUUCUCAUUUUCUCUUGGCAUUUAUUUGAUCUGCUACAUUGUUCGCAUCAUGUGGCUACUGUACCUCCCUUCUAUUGUAGUAAAAUGGGAAAGCACCUUCGGCUGUCCAUUUAGGUUACUGGUUUGCCUUGAAGGAAGAGGUUGCUUCCUUAUUUCACUGAUCAGCGGCGCUACAGUAGUUUCUGUCAAGUGUAAACACUAAUUUACAGGCUUUAUUCGCAAGAUAGUGUAGCAUGAUGUGUUGUAGGCCUACUUUGGGUUUACGGCUUCUUCCACUGGUUUGUGGCACAGGUGGUUUAUACACCGCAAAAAAAAUCUAAACUACCCAUGAAUUACACACGACUACCCAUGAAUUACACACGACGAAGGCUGUUCUCAAACGCCUGGAUUAAACGGUUGCCAACAUACAGUACAUGCAUUUUUUUUGACCUAUUUAGCCAGAGUCAGAAAUUCAUGGGUACCUUUUUGUAUGUCUGCGUGCAAUGCUGAAGGUCGUUUAUCAAGCCAAUGCUAACUAGCUAACGCCCAAUGAUUGAAAGUCUACAGAAGCAGCUAGCGUGCUAGAGUGAAUAGUUUGGGCAAAAGCCAGUAGUUCAGAGAUUCUGAAGUUGCUAGCCAAGCGGACUGGUGGUCCAUUUUAAGCAACAACAAAAAAAGGUUGAUAUGCAGGCUGGCCAACUAAAGCUAACACACAAUCACAUCAAGCAGCUGUGCAUUUUAAUUUGUUUUACUUUUUUCUAUUUCCAUUUCUUUGGAUUUAUCUCCAUAAUAAUGAUUUUGCCUGGCUCAGAGAAGCUGUCAGUCUUGUCUGGACACAUUAAUACAACUGGUCAGUCUAUUCCUGGAUGCUAUUAGGUUAAAACCACGUUCCAACAAUGUAUCUAUUUCACCACCCACUACUAUUGUGAAAUAACAUAACUCAUUUCUGCAUAGGUCGGAGAGGCAGGCUUGCAAGGUUCGGAGUUGGAGGACUCAUUGUGGAUAUGACCCAAUUUAGCAUGGACAUUGCCAUUGAGGGCUUCCACCAUGUUAAAGUAGUCAACUGAGUUUCUUAUGGGUUGGGAGCGAUCAGCCAAUGAUCAGAGCAUUGUCUUCAAGUUGGGUUAACUAUGAUUUUUAAAUGUCUUUAAAAUACUGUAUAUCACCACAUUCUAGUGGCCACAAGUCAAUGACACAAUUUGGUUCAGGACUCAAGCACUGCAAGUGGCAUUAAAUCGCCAAUAUUAGCUGUAUGCUUUUUUCAAACACAAAAUAAGAAAAUGUAAUACUUCAAAAUGGAGAUGGCCUCAAUGACACUGUGCGUGCUGUCACAGAUGCCAUAGUACAUUGUUCAUUCAAAUGGUUAUUGUGAAUAACUCGCGGCUAUCAACCAACCAGCAUCCAAGAUCCAAAUGUACAGUUUUACAAUGACUGUAGCCAUAAAUGGGUCAAAGGACAUUCUGAUAUUGUAAUUGAUUGACUGUCUGCAUUGUACCAUAAUCUUGGCAUUAAUGUUUUUUAAUCAUUAUCUCUAUUGUAGGCCUAUGUUUGAUCUUGUAGGCCUCGUCCUAAUAUUUUAAAUAUUUCUUAACUCCAUUCUUUUACUUUUCGAUUUGUGUGUAUUGUUGUGAAUUGUUUGAUAUUACUGCACUGUUGGAGCUAGGAACACAAGCAUUUUGCCACACCCCAGGAACAUCUGCUAAAUAUAUGUAUGUGACCAAUAAAAUUGGACUUGAUUUUGA